AAAUUAAUGGGGAUAUGUUCUUCUAAGACAAAAAAUCCUCAAACAAAUCAACAACAAUAAUAUUCAAAAAAUCAGACACAUUAAAAUCAAACUCCUAAUCAAUAAAUUAUAGAAAUACCAGAAUAAAGAACACAAAAAAUUGAAGAACAAAAAUAAAUAAUUAAAAUUACAGAAUAAGCACCUAUUGUUCAAACAUAGUAAUAACAAGAAAAUGAAAAAAUAGAUAUGUUCCCUUUAAGUAAAGAAGAAUUUGACUAAUUUAAGGAUGAUAUUUGUAUCAAAAACAUACAUAAAUCAUUUGAUGAUAUUGAUAAGAUAUUAAAUAAAGUAUGAAAAUAAUUUUAUAAUAGUUAACAGAAGAACUUGAUAAAAUUUCACAAUAUUUUUUAACAGGUACUGAUUACGAAGCCCUUAGACGAUGA